GAUACUUUUGACUCCAUGGGCCUUCAAGAGAAUCUGCUACGAGGAAUUUAUGCUUAUGGUUUUGAAAACCCAUCUGCUAUUCAGAAGAGAGGUAUUGUUCCUUUUUGCCAAGGCCUUGAUGUUAUCCAGCAAGCGCAAUCAGGAACAGGAAAGACUGCAACAUUUUGUUCAGGAAUUCUACAACAGCUGGACUACAAUCUCCAGUACUGUCAGGCACUAGUUUUGGCACCAACUAGAGAAUUGGCACAACAAAUAAAAAAAGUGAUGAGGGCGCUUGGUGAUUAUCUACAAGUAAAAGUACAUGCUUGUGUUGGAGGAACAAGCAUUAAAGAGGACCUUCGUAUUCUUCAAUCUGGUAUCCAUGUUGUUGUGGGGACACCUGGUAGGGUUUAUGACAUGUUGUGUCGCCAUGCCUUGUGCUCUGAUUAUAUUAAAAUAUUUGUUCUUGAUGAAGCAGAUGAAAUGUUGUCAAAAGGGUUCAAGGACAAGAUAUAUGAUAUAUUUCAACUGCUUCCACAAAAUCUCCAAGUUGGUGUUUUCUCAGCUACAAUGCCUCCUGAAGCCCUGGAGAUCACAAGGAAGUUCAUGAAUAAUCCGGUUCGGAUUCUUGUGAAGAGAGAUGAUCUUACUCUAGAGGGUAUCAAACAGUUUUAUGUAAAUGUGGAAAAAGAGGAUUAUAAGAUUGACACGCUGUGUGAUUUGUAUGAAACCCUAGCAAUAACACAGUGUGUGAUUUUCAUCAAUACGAGGAGAAAGGUUGAUUGGGUAACAGACCAAAUGGGAGCUCGUGAUCACACAGUGUCUGCAACACAUGGUGAUAUGGAUCAGAAUAGCAGAAACAUCAUUAUGAGAGAGUUUAGAUCUGGUUCUUCCAGAGUGCUGAUUACAACUGACCUUUUGGCCCGAGGUAUUGAUGUUCAACAAGUUUCUCUUGUUAUCAAUUAUGACUUGCCAUCACAACCAGAAAACUAUCUCCACCGUAUAGGUCGUAGUGGGCGAUUUGGUAGGAAGGGUGUGGCAAUUAACUUCGUCACCCGGGAUGAUGAGAGAAUGCUCCAGGGCAUACAAAAAUUCUACAAUGUGGUAAUAGAAGAACUGCCAUCAAAUGUUGGAGAUUUGAUAUAAGAUGUUGCAGGUGAUGUGUGUUUGUGUUGUGUUGUAAGGACUUUUGAGAUGAAUAGCUUCCUCCUUGUGGGAGCUAAAUUUUUGGAGAAUCUGUUUAG